CUUGGCUCCUCCUUGCCCGCCCCUUCUCCCACCCCUCGCUGCUAACAGCAAUCCAGCCUGGAAACCGGACUCAGAGCACCGGGCCCCGGACAAAGAAAGAAGCAUUUGGGGAGCGAGUAUGGCCGCUGGCGGACGGGGAUUUAUUCGAGACACGUGAUCCUGAUCGUGAACUUCAUGUCUGAUCAGCCCCCUACCACAAAGGCCUGCACUUAUCCUCCCCCGGAUUAAUAGAGUGGAUUUGUCUUGUCUCCGUUUCUUAUUUAUUUCCUACCCCACUGGGACGCGCCCACGCAGGUAUGUGGGGGAAGAUGAUCACGGAUUACGGAUCCGGAUUCAACAGCUACCCCGCAGGCUCUGAUUUAUCCUCCUCAGUGUGGCUCUCUGGCUCUGAUGCACUGUGGCAUUCUUCAGCAGCUUCACCCAGUGGCAGGAUAAGUCACACUAGGCGACUCAGCAUAACAUCUGACAGUGGAGAUACUGGUAUAGGGACAUCUUGCUCUGACAGCCUGGAAGAUCACCCUACUUCCAGCAGUUCAUUGACUUUUAAAAGUGCAUACCCCUUGGGCUCCCUCAGUGCAGCACAUGGUAUGCCCUCUACUCCCAGGUCUUCACUGUCCAGAACUAGAGAGGACAGACUGGACUCUUCCCGUUGGAAUAGCAAUUACUUCUUGUCUGGUGGGAGCAGACACUAUGGAUUAUCUACUGACUCAUCUCUUGAUAUGAAAGACACAAGACCAAUGAAAAAGUGGUCUUCAUUGUCUAAACUCAGUGUACCCGAUGGCCUCACUGCAGACAGCCGUGCAGAGAAAACUGGCUCCAGACAUAGCCUUGAACAUGUUGGCAGAGAAAGUGCCAUCUCCCAGUACUCUUGCAGGCACCGGACAACCUGCCUACAUCACAGCAUGGAGCAGCUGAAGUUAGAUGAUAAAGACUCUGAUAAGAGACAGUAUAUGGGAAUUGACUGUAAAUACAAGUAUGACGCCUGCAACAGCAAAACACUUUCUACUUCAGCUGUAUCAAGUAGGAGACAUACUUUGGACAUGACCUAUAGUGCCUUACCGGAAAGUAAACCAUCUACUCUUAGUGAACCAUAUGGGCAAAAAAAUAGCCAUUAUGUAUACCAAGGUGGAGUUCCUAUUCAGCCCUCUGUGAGGACUCAAAUGUGGCUCACGGAUCAGCUACAUGCUAAUUUCCAGGACCGCAGGCUGACAGAUGAAACUUGUGUUACAUCUAGUUGGCAGCCUCUAGAACAUCUCCGGCAGGAAACAGCCCAGCCACAGGUGGGAUCCUGCUCUUCUCGAACAGAAUGUGCAACCACUCCAUUAAGUCAGGAUGUGUCUAAGUGGGAAUCCCUGAUGAAAAUUAAAGAAGGACUGCUGCGUCAGAAGGAGAUUGUUAUUGACAGGCAGAAGCAACAGAUCUGCCACCUACAGCAGGCCCUCAGAGCCAAUGAUUUGCAAGCUAACCAGGCAGUAAUGGGUCAUGCUGUGAAUGGAGAAGAUUUUGCCAUGCAUCAUCUCAAGCAAAAUGGUAAAUCUGAACAGCACAUUCAAGAAAGAACAAAGCCUCAUUUUAAAGACCAAGAAGAUAUCGAGAGGAAACUUGCUUGUGCAGAGACAGAGAUUGUUCAGCUCCAUGAGGUCCUGAACCAAAGCACCAGUAAAACCAGUGAAGAGAUCAAGAAGCUUGAGGAGAAGAUUAAAACAAGGGAUAAGUAUAUUAACAGCCUAAGGAAAAAAUGCCAGAAAGAGAAUGAACUAAACCGAGAAAAGCAGAGGCGAAUCGAAACCUUAGAAAAAUAUUUGGCUGACCUUCCUUCUCUUGAUGAUGUACAGAAACAGAGUCAGCGGCUACAGGUAGUAGAAGAAGAGAACAAGCAAUUAAAAGAGGCCAUGCAGAAUCUUGAGAAGCUCCUCAAUGAGUCAAGAACUCAGUGUCAAGAAAAAGAAGCCCAGACAGAGUGCCAGAAACAAAGAGAGAAGGAUCUGGUGAUGACUGUUCAGAGCUUGCAGCAAAAAGUACAGAAAUGUCUUGAGGAUGGUGUACGACUCCCUAUAUUGGAUAAUGCACAGAUCCAGAGUGAAAAUGACCGACUACGAGAGCAGAAUGAGCGAGCUAAUAAGGUCAUAGACAAUCAGCAGAGUCAAAUAGAGAAUAUGACUGCAGAAAUUCAGGCAUUGCGAGAGAAACUUUACCAAGAGCGCUUGGCGGCACAGGAGCUUAAAGAGAAACUAGAAGAAAACACGCACUGCACCCAGCAGCUGGAGGAACUUUCUUUCGAAAGGGAAAAAUUAAAAGAAGACAAUGAGCACAUGAGAGGGCAAAUAGAGAAAAUGCAGAUUUCAAGGCAGCCAUUGUCAGAUAAGCUUCCAGUAGCCGAGCAGCUCUUCAAAGAGAUGUCCCACUGUAUGUUUGACUUGAAAGCACUUUGCAGUAUACUAAAUCAGCGAGUCCAUGGCAAGGAGCCAAACCUUUCCUUAUUGCUGGGCAUUGGAUCUUUAAACAGCUCCUUUGAGGAAAAUGAAGCCUGCCAUAGCACAGAGAGUUUAACCAAGAAACUGUCAGAAGCACAUCAGUUACGGAAGGAUAUUGAUGAUCUAAGGACUAUGCUAUCGGAUUGCUAUGCUCAGGACAUGGGAGACAAUUGCAUUACUCAGUGAUUAAUCCAGAUUUAGAUUAAAUGCUGCUUUGUUACAGAUCUCUGCUUUUCUACUUGGGAGCCAUAACAGAAACUGCAGCUUUACUAUGCACAUUGAAAGUCUUCUAACCCACUCGCUCCCCCUCUUUACCAGAAGGAAAGGGGGACAUUCUGGAAUACACUUUUCCUCUUUUUUUCUUUUUUUUUUCAAUUUUUAGAUACUGUUGAAUGUUUCCCUCGCUUUGAAUGUAGCGGUGGAUUUUUUUUCUCUCCAAAAUCCAUUUGCGUUUUUACAUAGGUAAGAAAAUCCUGCAAAAAAAAAAGUGCUGCAGGUGCAAGAUGUCAAGAGUUCCCUUUGCACCCAUUCUCCUAAAUGGCUAAAGGAAAAUUGCACAGAAUUGUUCUGUGCUUUAGUUUUAGGAGUGAGUUCUAAGAGUGAUUGUUAUUGAAAUAUGUACAAUUGUGUGAUAGCUGAGGUGAUGUCUAGUGUUGUUUUUUUAUGAGAAGUGGAUAGAGCAAAAACAAAAUACAACAUGUAAAAAAAAAAUAUGAAAUUCUAAAUAGUUUUGGCAGAAAUUAGCAGGAUGCAUGAUGCUUAAAUCAGGUUAUAUAUACUAAGGGAUCCCUGUGUUUAAUGUAGUUGUUGCUUCUUCCUCUUUUGGGUUUAGUACUAUGAUAAAAUUAUUCAGUAGGAUACAGAACCCUGUGCAAAGUUGGGUCAUUACUGAGGUUUACAUUGCCUCAGCCAGAGAAUCCUCACUCACACACAAAAUGUAUUUAUUUGACACCAGAAAGGUCACCAGAUACACAAAAUAGAAUUGGAACCCUGGUAUUUCUUGCAGUGUUUUCUGAACAACAGUUCCCAUUAUGUUCAGCCUGCCAGAUUUCUUAGGGCUUUGGUACACAGGACUCUGAUCAUGAGUGGCAGCAAUCACUGCGACCGCAACUGAGUGUGCUUGUUUCCCUUUAUUUUCACUAGGGAGUGUAUGGCCUAUAGCACACAAGAAGCAGUAAUAGUUCCUUAUACAUUGUAAAAAGUAAUUUGCUGCAGUUCCAAACACAGUGAUUGCUGCAAUAAAUACAAUUGUAUGACUUACUACCUGACUUUUAUUCUAUCAAUACAAUAGAGAGGCUUGCAAAUCAAGUGGGACUGUUUAGAGAGCACCUUGUGAGAAUACCAGCAUUUCCUGCAGCGCAAGAUGCUCUCCAAAGCAAAUUGUCUUCAUGGUUUAACUCAUACAAUUGUUGUAAAUUGCUUCCCAUCAUAGACUUUGGGCAUCAGCACGAGUACAGUACAAUUACUAUAUGUGACUGAUGCAUAGAACUGCAGCUAAUCGGUGACUGGUUUGUAGACAUUACUUUUUUUUUUUUUUAUAAAAAAAAUUGCACUCAUUAGAUUUAAAAAUAUAUAAUUAAAAUGUACAGAAAAUUAUAUAAUGGGUGAAAAUAAUUACAUCCCCUCCACAAAUGUUGUCUUCCUAUCCUAAUUAAUAGUAUAAAAAGGCUUACAGAGAAAGAUGCACCUCGACUGCAGACAUCGACUGCGUCUGAAUGCAAUGCAUUUAUAUCACUGGACAUAGUUAAUGGAUUUCUGACUGAAUGAACAGAAUCAUCUUGUAAUCCCCUGGCUGCACAUAGAGCAAUGUAGAAAAGGCAUCCUAAGGAAGGCAUUACUGCUAUAUAUUGCAUGAAGUAAAUCCUCCAGAGCUACAUUUCUCACAUACCCUAUUGAUCUGAAAGAGAGCACCAAGCUCUUUAGCUUGCACAGACAAUCAUGCAUGUCAGACACCAUGUACAUAUACUGCCCAGACAUCCUUCCAACCGUUGGUAAGCAAUAGAGGUAGAUCAUGUACAUUCAUAUUUGGGGUGCUUUUUAAGCUAAAAACGAGUAAUCGGCCUGAUUUCCAAAAGGCCUUCUGAGAGUGUGAUCAAAGGCACGUUGUGAUCUGGUGUUGCUGUAUUUCAGCCUGCCGAGAAAUGGCUGUUACCCCCUUUGCCUCUGCCAUUGACCCCCAAAACUUUCAGCUGUGCAUUUUUUGGGCCUCCAUUUUUGUCAAUAACAGGCGGCAUAGGUGGGAAUAUCCCCCCUGGAUAUCAACCAUUUCUCCAUCAGCUAAAAUACAUGUGCAGUGAAGGCCUAAGGUCUUGUGUCACAGGUAGAUUUAGAACUCAUACUGGCUAGAAAUGGUUUGCCAUUGGGCACACAUUGUCUUUUAUGAAACCUAUUGUUUGGCACAUUAUUUCUUUUCUUGCAUAGGGUCAUUGAUAUUUUUAACUGAAGUGAGUUUUAUCUUAACUUACAGAGAAUAAAGCAUUAAAGAGAAUAUUCCAGGUCCUGACAGGAGUACAGUAUAUAUGACUCUAUGUUUAUCCAUUUUGCCAUUAACGGUUUAUAUAAGAUUUUUUUAAAUGCUAUGUUCCUAGUUUGUAAAUCCAUAGCUUGUUCAUAUACAUGCUUGUGUGGCAGCCCCUUUUCUGUACUACCUGAUGUAUAAUAGACAGGCCCCUUUUACUUUUUUCAUUUUAAGGGCCAGAUGAUCAUGAGUGGAUAAGCCAGAAAGAGACAUUUUGCAGCACGCCUGCAGUAACAAAGCUACAACUCAGCACAUACACACCAACGCUCACUUGGGAUGCUGGGAUUUGUAGCUUUCAAAUAAUUAUUACUGGCAUAAGCACUUUCUCUGCCUGAAUGUCUGCAGUCACUUGAAAAAGAAGAAUUGGGCUUUUCUAUCUCUCUCUGGCUGGGGAACAUAUGGAGAGGAAAGCCAGAAAUCAUUUUUAUAGUUGGCCGCUGCUCGCUGAAACUAAGAAAUAUUUGCUGCAAAAAAAUCAUUUGUAUAGCAAAGUGUUUCAUGGCUGAUAAAUUGUUUGUAUUAGAACUGUCAGUUACAGAACAAAGGAAAGAUUCCAUAUGCAGUGAAGCCUUUUGCAGCAUAAUCUGCUACCUUAGUUUUAAGUCUCCAUUCCAUGCCCAACUCACGCAAGUCACUAAGUACAUCUCAAAACUACCCUCACCUUUCUUGUUUCAGGUACUAGUUACUAUGGAAGGCAAUUCCAGCAGUAAAUAACGACAUAACAGGGCUACAACUGUAAGUGUGAAAAACUGAGGGGCUUCUCCCUUAUAAUAAUUCCCAGAGAUUGCCAUUUUUAAUGCAAUGAUUAAUGUAUCAUAUUGGCAUUUCUGCAUGAUCCAUUUUCUAAAGAAUUCUGCAAUCAGACAUACUCUAUAUUACUCAUUUACUUAAUCUAGACUUCUGUGUCAGUGUAAAUGCAUUUCAUGUUAUACAUAUAUUUAUGGCACACUGGCAUACCCCUACAGAACUGUAGUUCAGGGCACAUACAGUGGCUUAAGCAAGGCACCCACUUUCUCCCGGUAUGUUUUGGUGACUUUUCAGCAGAAGUUGGAAAGAAUGGUACAAGUAAAGGUCCCAAGUAUCUGCAAUAUAACAUCUGCAGAUUUAAGUGACAAGGAAAGUAAUUUACUGGUGGUGUCAUUUUGCUGGCCUCCCCAACCAAUGUCUGGCCAGUUUUCAGCCAGAUGACAGUAAGGCCGGUUUUAUUUUCCUGUCGGAUUGAGGAUGGGAUUUGCACAAUGAUGCGGUCCUCAAUCCGACAGCCUGCAUAGCAGCAUUUAUGAUCAACCCGAAAGAUUCGCUCAUUGGCACCUCACCAAAAAAAUGGAUGAAGAAGGACAUUAUAUUCACUGAAGGGGUCAGUAGUGCAGCCACACUUGUGAAUACAUUAUGAUACCUUUUAUACCUUUUGGAUAUUAUCAAGGGUCAAGGGGCAACCUCAUAGUUUUCCUUUUAAAUACAGCUUUUUUGUCAUCCACAAGUCAUUAUAAAAAGUACUGGAAUUCCUUCUUCUCCCUUUGUGCCUUUUCUAAUCUGUAUUAAUGAAGUAGGUCCGUGCCCUAUCACUUUUUAAUGUGCAAUACGAUUUGCACCUAAUUAAAGUGUAUUGUAACUUCAGAAGUUCAGUGUUUAUUAUGGGGCAGAAAUACUUGUAGGCAAUAGCAGAGCUUCCUUAAAUAGUUAAUAUUCUUGUAUAUAUAUAUGUAUUCUUUAAAUGUAUAGAUAGUGUGCAUCUGGGUGUUCUAGAAAUUGUAUUUAUUUGUUGUACCAAUGCCCAGUUGUAUAAAAUGCUGUAGAUGCAUAGCUUUAUUUUCAAGCUUCAGGAUUCCAAAUCCUGUUUUUUUUUUUUUGGAUCUAGGUUGUCUGUUGUCUUUUUUUUUUUUUAAUUGGUCCAGAUACCUCAUGUAAAUAUUGUUGUCAUGUUAUUAUUUAGAUGCACGCCACUGGCUGGCUGCCGAUUUAUGCCUUUCACUUUUCAAAGGCUGUAUUAUUUUAUUAUUUUGUAAUGUAGGAUUUACAGCUAGAAUUUUGAAUGCCAAAGUUCUAUUUAUGAGAAAAAUUAAUCUUAACUUUUAGUGACUAGAACUUUUUCACUGGAUUUUGUUUAUGCUUUUGAAUAUGUUAUUGCAGAGUAAAAUGCAUUUUGAUAA